GCUCAUACACGACGGACCGCUGCAGAGCUGUCAGAGAAAAUGUCAAGCGCGCUACUGUCACUGGCGUUGGUUGUGUCGCUGGCGGCGGCGACCGCUGGCAUCAAGUGCUGGCAGUGCGGGCAGUACAGCGACGGCGUGGGGUCGAUAACACCUUGCAACAACCGCAGCGCGGCCCGCCUGAACCAGUGUCCGCCUGACGCCAAGUAUUGUAUUAAAUAUGUCAGCGAGCUGACAGUAGUGAGAGACUGCGUGCCGACCUGCAGCGAAAAAGAAUGGUGGGGCGCCCGUACAUUUUGCUGCGACACGGACGAGUGCAACGGGGCUUUCACACUGACGCCGGCCGUCGCGCUGAUCGUCGCUGCGUUUUUGUAUGCGCACUGACCGUGUUAAGUACCAUUUAGGGCUCGCGCUCACUUGAGAUUCGUCUAAGGGUAAGUUCUAAAAUAUGACUCAGUAUACUGGCUUAUGACGUCGUGAAGAUAUAUACGUGGGCACUGGGCGUAUAUUUCGGAAAGAUUCACCAGUAUGGCGUCGAUUCAUGACGUCACGAACACUAGCUAGUAUACUGCGUUAAAUUUUAUAACUUACCCUGGAAACAGACUAUUGCUAUACAGAACAAUAUGCACAUUGCACACCCACAAACAAAUACUUCGUAUUGCAAUAGUCGGUCUUGAGACAAGUCUUAAGUGUAAGCGCUUGCUUCUAGUGUACCUGAAGAUUAUUUUUAUAUUUUGUCACGCAUUCAUUUGUACCUUAUGGGUCAAUUCAGACCGCAACGCGACGCGUAAGUGCAUUUCUCAAUUUGUGGAUUUCAAUUGCGUGAGACGUCAUGCAAGUCUGUCAAACCCAUACGAAUUUAGAAAUGUAUCAACAUCGCGUUGCGGUCUAAAUUGACCCUAAGUCCGAACGGCGAAUCGAAGCACAAAACUUCAUGUUUGUAUGAAAUUCUGUGUCUCGUUAUUUUGAUUAAAGAAUAGGCUUUAAACGUAAGAGGAAUGUACAAAAUCACUACACACGUAACGAUAAAACUACACAGUUUGAUCACAGAACGUAUCUGACGUGCGCUCAUUCCGAUGACUUGGUAAAAGAUAUGAAAAUUGUGGCUAAACUGUACAUUUCUAUCGUUUCUAACUGUCAGGUUAAGGGUUAGUACAUAAUAGAACGACACGAGAUUCCGCGGCCGUUGCGUUAAAAUGCCACGAUGUAAUAAAAAUCAAAAUUUAUCAUUGUGUGACGCGGUGACGCCGAAUAUUUUAAUUUUGUAUUGCUAUUAUGCCACGUCGUCUUACCUCGUUUUGGUGUAGGUACUGAGCCUAUUUCUUAAAUUAACGAGUCAACAUAAAAAUGAUGUGCUUAUAAUGUGUUUUGUCUGUAUUGAUUUACUCACUACCCUAACAUGUGCCAUAUUAUAUUUUAAAUCUUUAAGGUUAGUUCGCAAUGCAACUUAAAAGUAGCGUUCGAAUCAAGACGACUGCGACGCGAGACUGCGACUCGAGACCGCGACCGGUGACCGCGACCUUUUAUGAAUAAUUAAUAGGAAGUAUUGAGUGCUGACGGAUGCAAGCAAUCGCGAAGCGAGUCGCGCGACGUGUGAGCGUGGCCUGCCGGCGACUUGUGUCGCGCGACCCAGUCGCUCACAGGGUGCCGUGGCGCGACAGAUACAAAAUGGCCGCGUUUUCUUCGUACGAAGAUGAAAUUUUUACGAGUUUUGUAUGGAUCGCACGACUCGGUCGCGUAGAUUCGUAGGUAGCUAUCGCCCCGCGACCUGCGACCGGUUGCCAGUUGCGGUCUCGAAUCGUGGUCUCUCGUCGCGGUCGUCUUGAUUCGAAUGCUAUCUUAACGCGGCGAUGCAAUGCCAUUUUUAAGAGUCAUCCAAAAUGAAACUUUAUUUAUGACACAAGACUUUACCGCUCGCUGUUUCGGAUUGCCAUGCCGGUUCUAAAGAAUGACUUAUUUGAAAAUGCAUUGCAAUUUGCAACAGAUUACAUUGCAAAGUGAUGAGACACUUUGCAAUGUAAUCAGAUUCUAAACCUUAUAUUUUGCACAUUUAAAAUUCGAAUAGGGAUUAGAAUUUCAAAUAUUUAACUUUAGUUUCACUCAAUGUUUCAAGUGAGCGUUUGGAGCCAAGCUUAAUAAUAUGCAUAAUGCAUUUGGCACUUCGGAUGAUCGAGAGUCGAUAUCCACA